AGUUGGUUUGGGAAGAAGUUCCGUUCCAACUCUGCAAAACCAAAAAACCUUUCAUUUUUAUAUCACAAAUCUUCUUUAAUCUCUCGUCAUUUCAAUCCUUCCCGUUCCUCUCUCCGCUUCAUAUCUCCAUUUUGGUUUGGUGUUCAUUGUUUUAAGGUUCUUUGAUUCCUAUAGAAUCAAAGAUGCCAGGUAUUGUGAAUAAUGAGACACUUGAGAAUCAUUCUCUCUCUAAGAACAUCUUACAUCAAUCCAAUUAUUCGCCGCAAAGUGUAUGUGAAAUACACUUUUCUCGUCGAUCACCUUGGAAGAAUAGAAGCUUUGGAUCUGAGAGUGAUGGGUCGAUAACUGAUUCGGAAUUUUACCAUAUUGGUGGAGAACAAAUGAGGAAGGAAAUGGAGAAAGGUAUAAAGAUGGAUUCAAGAGCUAAGGGAAAAACUCCUAAUGCAAAACCUCCUAUUGAAAGGAAGAGUGACAUCAACAAUCUUUUGAGAAAGCAAAAUACAACGGUCACUAACCGUGUUAUAAAACCGAAGAGUUCUCCCAUUGGAAGAUCAAGGUCGAAAAGUCAAGAUUUCAAAGAAUCGACGUUAGAUAAUCCUGAGCUUGGACCGUUUUUGCUGAAGCAGGCAAGGGACUUGAUUUUGUCAGGUGGGAAUCCUCAGACAGCGCUCGAAUUAUCAAUUCAAGCAAUGAAAAUGUUUGAGAAAUCUGCGAAUGGGAAACCGAGUUUGGAUUUGGUUAUGUGUUUGCAUGUUAUUGCAGCAAUAUAUUGCAGCCUGGGGCAUUACAAUGAGGCGAUUCCGAUUUUAGAGAGAUCGAUCGAGAUUCCUGUUGUCGGGGAAGGUCAACAACAUGCCAUAGCGAAAUUCGCGAGUCACAUGCAGCUUGGAGACACUUUUGCCAUGCUAGGCCAGCUUGAGAACUCGAUUAUGUGUUACACAAAAGGGUUGGAAGUGCAAAGAAUGGUUUUAGGAGUAACAGAUCCAAGAGUUGGUGAAACUUGUAGGUAUGUAGCAGAAGCGAAUUUUCAAGCAUUGCGAUUUGAUGAGGCGGAGAGGUUGUGUCAAAUGGCUCUUGAUAUUCAUGGAGCAAAUGGUUCACCUUCUUCUCUUGAAGAGGCGGCGGAUAGAAGAUUGAUGGGACUUAUAUGUGAAACUAAUGGAAAUCAUGAGGCUGCAUUGGAGAAUCUUGUUUUAGCAAGCAUUGCAAUGGUAUCAAAUGGCCAAGAAGUGGAAGUGGCUUCCGUUGAUUGUAGCAUUGGAGACACAUUCCUGUCGUUGGCCCGAUACGAUGAGGCCAUCUUGGCGUAUAAAAAGGCCUUAGCGGUUUUCAAGACUCACAAAGGAGGGAAUCAUCCUGCUGUUGGGUCGGUCUUUGUACGUUUGGCUGAGUUGUAUAAUAGGACAUGGAAGACAAAAGAAUCAAAAUCAUAUUGUGAAAAUGCACUUAAAAUCUAUGAAAAUCCCAUGUCUGGUGUCCCUUCUGAGCAAAUUGCUAGUGGUUUUGUGAAUGUUGCAGCUAUUUAUGAGUCAAUGAAUGAGCUUGAACAGGCACUCAAGUUACUGCACAAGGCCUUAGAGAUACACAAUGAUGCUCCUGGUCAACAGAACACAAUAGCAGGAAUUGAAGCUCAAAUGGGAGUCAUAUACUAUGUAUUGGGAAACCAGACUGAAUCCUAUAAUGCUUUCAAGAAUGCUGUCUCGAAGCUUCGUGCCACGGGAGAGAAAAAAUCUGCCUUCUUUGGUAUAGUUCUGAAUCAAAUGGGUCUUUGUUGUGUGCAACUUUGUGAGUUAAAUGAGGCUGCAAAAUUAUUUGAAGAAGCAAAGGUUGUUCUGGAAAAAGAGUAUGGCCCUUAUCACCCUGAAACACUUGGAGUAUAUAGCAAUCUUGCUGGCACAUAUGAUGCAAUGGGAAGGGCGAACGACGCAAUUGAUCUAAUGGAGUACAUUGUGGUUGUGAGGGAGGAAAAGCUUGGGACAGCACACUUUGAUGUUGUUGAUGAGAAGAGAAGAUUGGCUGAGUUGUUGAAGGAAGCUGGUAGAGUUCGGAACAGAAAAACCAUGUCACUUGAGAAUCUUCUUGAUGUUAAUACUUAUCUAUAAACAACUUUGAGAUCAAGGAGUAAAAUGAAGGAACACUAUGUAGCUCUAGAAAAGCUAGGUAAAAAGCAUAAUUCAUAUUAUGGGGCUGAAUUUGAAUGGUUUAUUCUUUCUAAACUAUGCUAUAUUUUAUUUGACAGAAAAUUAUGCUAUAUUAUUUGUAGAUACAAUGUACUGUAGUUACUAACAAUCUUUCUUAUAAGAUUAUAGCAUUAAUAUGGGAACACACCAAACUACACUAUAAAAUACAUUUAUUUUAAAUGUAUUUAGAAUUGUAAGGA